CCACUAAACCAACUCCGCUUCCAAGAGACCAGGGAUGUCCCAGUCCUUUAAAAAGAAACGGGCAGGAAAAGGAAGGAAAGGGCUUAUUGCCAGAACCGGCCCCGCCCCCUCCUUUUCUCUUCAUAGGUUCUGCUGUACGCCAGGACCAGGCCAGCGCGGACACGAGGAAAGAAGCUGAACGGCCCGAAAUCCUCGGGCGCCAUUUUAAGCGCAAAUCUCUCCUUCUGUUCAUGACUCUGUCACGCAGCCAAAAUACCCUUUGUUAACAUAGCGGGAAAAGGAGGCGAAUUCACUCUCUUGAAUGCAACAGUAGGCAAAUCAAGUAAUUCGAAUAAUGUUCCUUCGGAUUUAUUGCCGGCGCGGUGCGCAAAAGUUGCAAAGUGAAGAAUCUGCGUAGACGGUAGAGAAGUGGUGUCUCCGCUUUCUUCUGGAGAAGAGUCUACGCAAACUCGGCUACUUUUCAGCAUCUGGACAGACGUCCUCACAGUUGCAUUAAAGCCUUCAGUUUCAAAAAUUAAGAGGAUAGAAGCAGGCUGUGUUGUUUGAAGACAAUCUUUAUCUCUCUUUCUCCUAAUCCCCCCCCCUUUCAGUUAUAGCAUCCCAAAGAAGAAACUUUAGAUUAAUGUAUAGUGUCUUUACUUGAAUGACUUUCAUAAUACUGUCUUUAAAUAAUUCUUUUACAAAAACGAACUCAAACAAUUAGGGUUCAGCUUGUUUGGAAACAAAACCAGUAGGAAUUUUUGUAUUGUAAUUAUGUUGACCAAGGAAGAAUUUAUGUCUAUAGUUCUGGUGAGACAUUGAAUGUGAGUUUCUAGGAAGCUCACAGUUGGCUUUCUGAAAAGCUCAUUUGUUUCUACAGUUUUACCAGCACAUUUUGCCUAUUCUAUUGCCUAAAACUAAUUCAGAAAUAUUAGAAAAUUAAUCAGCAGUGCAUUUAAUUUUGUUUGUUACUAGAAGUUGGAAUGGAAACCCAAACUGGACCGACAUCAUCUGUUAUAGAUAAUUCUGAAAAAAAUGAGAGUGGGGCCACUGAUCAAUCCUUCUCUUUGCUGAUUCCAGUAAAAUCUCAUAACUUAAGUAAGCAAUACAUUCCUACUUCUGAAGCAGUCAUAAAAGAUAAGGAUCAGCAGAAUCAGAAUUUUGUCUUUGAGGAAAGGGAGAAGAAAAGUUGCCAUGAUACAGACACUAUGCCGGUCAGCUAUAACUACAUUCUAGACAUUAAAUUGAAAGAUGAGGCUUUGAUAAAAGGAAGAGUUUCAAAGAAGAAAGUAUCAAGUGUGAGGAAAAGGGAGCAUGAUGUUGCUUUGCAAAAUACACUGCAGUCAGAGGAUAAGAAAAGGUGUAGGAGUUCUUCAUCGGAAGUGGGAUUUCAAGGAGAUAUCAUAGAAAAAAGAUAUACUAAUCCUUUACUAGAACAUGAACAAAAAAUCCAGAGUUUCAUAAAAAACACAAAGGAUUUAAAGAAAUGCCAGCAUCCCUUGAUAAUGAGAGAAUUACAUAAGCAGAUGAAAACUAUAACUGAAAAGGAUGGGACUUCAGUAAUAAUUGAUUUAAGCUCUGAAAAAGAAUCAAGAAAUUUGCAGAAAAACCAUAGUCACUUAGCCUCAGAAUCAAGAGUUCAGCAUAAAACAUGGAAUUUUAGGAAGAGGAUUAAACCAGUUUGGCCAGAACAAAAGCAGAACAAAAGUCAAAGAGUAAAGAGAAAUCUAACUGAGAAGCAUGGUACUUCAGCAAUGAUAGAUUUAGGGCCUGAAAAAGGACCAGGGAACCCGCAGAACACUCAUAAUUGCACAGUCUCACAGUUGAGACUUCAGCAGAAAACAUGGAAUUUUAGGGAGAGCAUUAAACCAGUACAAAAGCAGGACAAAAGUCAGAAAGUAAAGAGAAGUAUACGUAAGUUAGAAUGUAUCAUACAGAACAUAAGUGUAUUAAAAUACAGAGAAAGGAAUUUCCCCAAAUCACAGGUAUAUGUAAAGUACCCAAUUAGUGUGAUGUCAGCUGCUGUGUCACAUUUUUCAAAUAACUCUAUAGAAGGAAUAGAGAGUCUAAUGAAAAAUAUCAGGGUAAAUUUUGUAAAACAAAAAGAACUGACUGUCUCAAAAUUGCAGGAACGUAUAAAAGCUUCAGAUGAAAAUAGGCAAGAUUUAUUGCAUUCUAUAGCAGACUUUGAGGAAAAUAAAUGCAGAAGUAAUAUAGAAGAAGAAACAACUAGGAUGGUAACACAAAUAUUUUCAAAAUCAAAAAUGUAUACAAGUGAUGGUAAAAAGCAAAGUUGGGAGUCAGAAAGAAGUGUUAUAGAGAUCCUGAAAUAUAGCCAGUGGAUUUCAGAGAAGAAAAUAACUAAAGAACAAAUGGAUUGUGUACCUAAAGAGGAACUGUUGGUUACCAAAACAGAGGGAACUAUUAAGGAAGAGAUAUAUGAAAAGAAUGAAAUUGUGUCUUCAACUGAUCUUAAAAAAGAAAUCAAAACAUUUAGAGAGGAUACCCUUGACAUUUUAAGUAGACAAUAUGGAAGGCUGCCACAUACAAUUCUGAAUACUUUAAAGGACUGCAAUAUAGAGACAACAUUAGAACAGUCUGCAUGUCUACUAAUAACUGAGGCAAUUGAGAUCAAGAACAACAAUUCUGUUAGACUUUGCUUUUGGAAGCAGACUAACAAAUAUUGUAAUGCUAUUUUUUCUAUCACUAAUAUUACAUGUCCAGAAAAUUUUGACAUAAGAAUACUUGAAAAGAAAAUUGAAAAAAGCGCAUUGGUGAAGUAUCAGAAUGAAAGAUUUGAAUGGCUUCCUAUGUAUAAUAUUCCGCCCUGCAAAAAGAGUCUAGUAGUAAAAUCAUUUGAUUGUUAUUACAUUAAGACGUUGUUACAACCUACAGAUAUUGAAUCUCAAAGCCAUAAAAUUAAUUGUGGAUCUCUGCAUAGUGCAUUUGAUCAAGGAAAAUCCCUAUCUUCUAAGGGUAUGGGACAAAAUGAACUUGGUAGUAUCUCUAAUGUAAUCACACAAAAAGACAUUUUAGUUUCAAGAGAAAUGUUCCAACAUACUAAAAGUCAAAAUGGAAAGCGAAUCAAGGAAAAUAAAUUGUCCAUGGAUUUUAAAAAGCCAAGCAAAAAACUAAAAAUGCUAGAAGACCUAGAAGAAUCGGCAGUCGUGAAAGUUCUCAUAAAUGAGGAUAUUUCCACUGAACAUGGAAUACCAAUAGAAGAUAAUACUAUUGCCAUAGAUUCUGCAGUAAUUUCAGAAAAACUAGAUUAUAGUGAAACAAGUAUCUUAUCUUUACUUGAUUACAUACCUGAUUUAAGUCUGGAGCUGCCUUCUCAAAAUCAAGUUGCCACUAUGUCUAACAAUAAAACAGCAGACCAAGAGCACUUCAUUACAUAUGGUUACAGUAUUUUUGACAAUUCAGUAGUUCUUGAAACUGACAAGAAUAAAUUAAAAGAAAUAGAGGCAUUUGUUGACUUCAGUAAAAUGGAUAAAAAGAAAUCCAUAGCGGAGACAACGGAUAGUAAAAAAAGUAUGAUCUGUAAUAGUAAUGCUGCUCCUUAUAUGAAAAGAAAAAGGACAUGUAAUAUAAAAAUAAAUAAAACUGAUCGGAAAUCACAACUGUAUAGCUGUCAAAGAGCAAUCCCAAUUAGUGGUAAAAAUAUAUGGCCUCGUGAAUCAUGCGCAAGAACAUCCUUGUGGGUUCGUAAAAAUUAUACAUUAGAUUCACAAAGAGGAUAUUUAGAAGGUACUGAUUCAGUAACAAAAUGCAGCAAAUUGGAAGUCCAUAAACCAUUGGUAGAUAGUAAAAUAUCUAUAAAUACAAUGGAAUGUGUUGAAAGUCCACUUUCAGACGCGAUAUUGCAUAUAGAAAAGACACUUUCACCUAUUACUGAGAAUAGAUUUUCUUCUAAUGGUAUGGAAAGAUCUAAACAAAGUACACUUGAUACUGAAAUUAUAAAAUCAAAAGUGAUUUUGAAUUCAUUAGGGAAAGAAGCCAAAGAAAAAAAUAUAAAUAUUCAUAAUGACUCGUUUGCAGGCAUUAGGAAAAAGAGGACAGAUAAUCGAAAAGCAUCACUUAUCAAACAAGAACCAGUGUUGAAAAAUGUGACAUCAGGAAAUUUGUCAAACUUCAAAAUUCCUUUACUUAAGGAUAAAGGUAAUUUUAAAAAACUAGAAACUGAAACAUCAUCUGAAAAAUAUACUUGCAAUUCUUCAAAAGUUUUAGAGAAUGCUCUUUCUUUAAAAGAAGCUAGAAUUAAACAGACUUCAUCUGACAAAAAUUCUAGUUCACAAUUUCAAUCUGAACAGGAGAAUUAUAUGUCUGCAUUGGAAAAAUACAUAACUCAAUUUAACAGUGAUAUUUCUGAAAACUUUUCUAAAAAGAGAAGAAUUUGUAAUACUUUGGGGAGUACAUCACAUGAGAAUAAACUAGAAUCACCAACUUUGAAUGCUAUUCCUUUCUCUUUGAGAACUGGAAAUAUAGAGGAGCAAAUGCUAAAUUCUGCUUUGGCCUCAGAAACUAUUAAAGUUAACGUCAACAAUAAGUUGGCACAGGACAAAGAUGACAUUUGUGCAGAUAUUCUUAAGGCUUAUGAAGAUGAUAUUCUUAUAAUUGAUGUUAUUCAAGAUGAUCCUGAUCUGUUUGGAGAUAAUGAAGAAGAAGAUGACUAUGCAAAGAUUCAUAAUACUAAAAACAUUUAUACCAGUGUUUUUUCAGAAAAAAAUCUAGAAUGGAAAUUGAAAUCAUCUCAACUUCCAAAAAGCAAGCAUUUGAAAUGUGUUAGAGACAGCUUCAUUCAAGAUUAUGAAACACUGAAAUUGGAUGAAAAUACUGAUGAUUUGGUGCUUCAAGGAGGAAUAUCAGAAUCAUCUCCUGAAGAUGGACAACUGUCAGAACCGAAUAAACUUACCAAAGUUUUUGAUACAGAUGAAAAGUAUGAAUUUUCGGAGAAAUUGCUUGCUAUGCAAGAACAGAAAACAAAUGUUCAAGACUUUGCAGAAAUUGAGAAUACCCUAACUGUUGAACCUCUGAUCUGUGAUCAUCAAUUGGAAUUUCCAGUUCCUAACGUGAAGGUCAUUGUUCCUCAACAGCAAGACCCAGCACUAAAAUCAAGGAUGAAUGAUUUCAGAUUCCCAAGGAAAUGUCCUCCUUUGCCCUUAUCAAUUACUAAUAGUUACAAAACAUGGAAAGGAGAAAAACAUCCAGCGACUAAUUUAGGAUUGACUCUACCUCGUGGAUAUUGCAGAUACCAUUUCAAUUCAUUGAAUGGCUGUGAGAAGCCAAACUGCUGGUUUUCGCAUGUUCUUAUAUCAAGAGAUGAUAAGCUUUGCAGUGAAAUAAUUAAGAAAUAUAUAAGCAUUGGUGGCAUAGUUUUGCUGCAACGGGCAGUACAUAUAUUCACAAAUUACUGCAAAGAAGGUACUGCUGUAUAUCACUUGGAUUCGCAAAUGUUCCAUGAUCUCCUAACAUCUUUGCUUCAGUUCUCUUUGCUGAAAGAACUUUUUCAUGUAAUACACACUGGCAUCAGGAUUAAAAUAUUACCAACUAUAGACAUUCUACUCAAAAUGUUUGAAGAAGUGGCUUCUAUGAAAGUAAAAGAGGCAGUACCUGAAUUAUCUGACAUCUUUUGUAAGCUUAUUGAUGCUGGAAUGGUUCUUGAACAUGAACACAUUAGACAUAUCACCAACUUAUUAAACCAGUUACAUGUUUCCAGUCAGGAAAUUACUAUGCUUAUAUCCAGAUUUCAGGAAAGACGUUUUCACAAGGCCAUCUUUUGUGAUUUUGAUUCAACAAUAGCAGAAUUUAAGCAUUGUAAAGAAAAAAGUGACUGGGCUAAAUUGGGAACUUUGUAUGUUAAUGUGACGAGAGGGUGUAAAAAUGCUGAUUAUCUUGAAAAAUACUCGCGACAUGUAGCCAGCAUACUAAUCAGUUCAGUGAAAGAAGAGAAGCCAGGCAUUCCAUUUUGUGAAUUUGCUGCUACAGUUAAUGUUGGUGCUCAUCGUGAUGAAAGAGACAUUUCUUCAUUAGGACGGAUUGGCAUUAGUGUCAUGUUUUCAUAUUACAAAAUACACCAGUGGUCAAAGGCCAAGAAGAUUCUGGAUGUGUUUCAUGCUUUAAAGAUACACUUCACACUUCUUAAAGGAUUUUUUGAAUCAGAGCAAUCAGUAUCAAGAUGUCAAAUGGUUAAUAUUGCUGUGGAAAUCUUUCUCAAAUGUGGGAACCUUGAUGGAGUACUAUGGGUAUUGAGAGGAUCAGAAUGGAUAAUAAAUACAGCAGCAUGGCCUUGUGAAAGAAUGGAUGUCCUCAAUCGACAUAAUUUGCUAUAUGCUGUAGCAUCUGAAUUAAUGACAAAAAAACGGUAUGAUGAAACGUUUGAAGUCUUAAAAAAUCUCCCAGGUUUUCAGAAUACUUGUGACUCUCUGGAUGUAGCCCAGUAUGGCCUUUUGUUUAAUAAACUGCUAAGUGCUUGUUCAGAAAGCAGAAACAUUGAAAUAUCAUCUAGUGUAGUAGAAUUCAUACUUGCAAGAAAUAUUCCUAUUGAAUUUAAUUUACUUCGAUCAUUAAUCACAGCACUAGGAAGAAGUUGUUUGUGGCUUAAGGCCAGGAAACAUUAUAAAAAUGCUUUAGCAUUGGGUUGCUAUCCACCACCUGAGGGAAAUCUUUAUCGUAAACUUCUACUGAUUCCUUCUUAUAUGAGUGAAGUUGAAAUGCUAUUAGCAAUUGAAAUUUUUUUGGUUUCAAAUGCCAGUAGUAUUCAGAGUCCUGGAGCUUCCAGUCAAAUACUUCAAAUAGUAUUAAAAAGAUGUGAAGGUAACAAUAUUCGAAACAAGGAAGAAUAUCAGAAUGCUACAGAGAGACUGUUUCAGGCUGCUCAGAUAUCUAAUCCAAAGCUUUUCAUAAAGCAUUUGACUGUCAAUGUUAAUAAGGACCAAAUUUAUAGUUUGGAGCAUGCGUCCGUACUUAAAUGGUUGAAAGAGAAUAUGAAAUGGGCAGGAAAAGCCUGGCUUUUUUAGUUACAGUAAUCAUUGCUUAAAGUAAAUCAAUAAAGGUUGUUUCUGUUGUGUUCAGACUCUUAAUAAUUCAAUUUUUCUGUUUCUAACAAAAAAAAUAAUUUAGAAUAUGGGUUUCUAGGCAUGGUCAUUCAGAAGGAUCAAUUCGUGAUCAUUUACUUUUUUUUCUGCAUCAAAGUAUGCUCACAGUUCAGGGUUAGAAUUAGAGGUUUCAUAAUCUUUACUGUCUUUCAAAAACAAGGUUGUUGCCAUGCAAAUAGUUUACAGUUUUGAGGACAGCAUAUAAUAAAAUUUUAUAGUUUGGGACAUAUAAAUGGUUGGCUUUUUUAGUCAAUAAAGAUUUCAUUACAAUAAUUGUUUAAAAUGAAUCAAUAAAGGUUGUUUCUAUUA